AAAUACAUCAUAUUCAUUGACAGUACAGUAUAUAGGUCACUGUUCACCCCCCCGUCGUACUUUCUCUCCUCUCCCUUUUGUUGUCUUAUUUGACUUAUGUGAUAAUAUAUGGAAUCACAUAUUUUACUUGGUAUGUAUUACCUAUUUUGCCUUGCCAUCUUAAUUUUGUUUAACCUUCUGCAUCGUUCUUGUAACUGGUUAGAUAUGGGGUUCAUGGUUUCCCCCUAACGAUCUCGUUUAAUUAUCAGUUUCUGCAAUGGAGGAUUAACAAGAUUUAAUAGAAAUUUAAUAAAGAAUGGAAUGAAAGUCACGAAAACAAAAGUGAAUGUCAAAAACAACAGUACAGUUAUAAUAAAUAGCGUGGGUGAAGGAGUGUGGAAAAUUUGCAGUUAUUUUGAUGAGUCUUGUUACCUGUGACAUGAUAGUGCUGCUGGAGAUGGUGCCAAGCUGCCAAAACUACAGUACUGUAUCAGUUUGCAAGUGAGAAGUGGCUGGAAGUCAGUGAAAGAAGUUUAGGGAGCUAUUGCCUCUAUUGAUGGCUUGAAAGAAAAGUUUGAAGUGUGUAGCCAGCACAAGAAGUGUGUUGUUGUAUGACUGAAACAUGGGCAGUUAGAGAGGAUGACAUACGCAGCAUUGAUCGAACUUAUAUACAAAUGAUGAGAUUGGUGUGUAAUGUGACAUUGAGAGAGAAAAAAAAACCUCUUUAUAUGGAGAAUAUUGGAGAGGUUUGCUUGGGCCUAAGAGGUAGGAUUAGAUGGUUUGGGUAUGUGGAGAGAAUGAAGGAAACCAACUGGACCAAGAUGCAUGAAUUUGGAGGGGAGAAGAGCACGAGGUAAAUGGGUGAGAUUGUGAGAAUUGAUCUUUGUGAUAAGCACCUGACUAGAGAGGUUAUAGAGUAACAGUUCAUCGUGCAGCUUAGUGAGCUGCCAUUGGUUAAUCAUUGCUAUUGUAUGCUUGCAUGAAAAAUGGCCAUAAAACAUUAUUGGCGAUAAUGAAUAUUUUUAAGUGAACAGCUAGAAAUAAAAUGAAAUAUAUUUUCUCAAUAUUAAAGUGUUCUGUCGUUUUUGUUUUUUUUUAAACAGGCAUUGGUGGUGAAGCAAAUAGGAAAACCUGUACUGCCUGGUAUUGUUAGCUUUAUGGUUGGGGAUGCAGGUAGCCUCUUUUCCUAUUAUCGUCCUCAUCUCAAAUUUUGUGUCACCAUACUGUGUUCUGUAUACUGUACAGUAAAUACUGUAUAUACAAAAUCUUAAACAGAUUAUUUAGCUGUUUGUUUUUAUUUUAUUAAAUAGUUAUUGCCAUAUAUGGUAAUGUACCUUAAUUCUUCACACUCUGAUUGAAGAAAUUCAAAGGAUAUACUUAAGCUUCAGACCUACUAGAGAAUUUUAAUAAAACUUCAUUCACAGGUUUUUUGUAGGUAGAGGAUGAAAACUACAGGUAUAUUUUUGUCAUCAUGUCAUAGGUCAAGGACAGAGACAAUUCUUUAAUUAACUGCAUUCAGUCUAUCUUUAUGAGCCUUUUAAACAUUUCAUGAUCUCUCCUGGGGCAUCAGAAUUUUCUUUGGCCAUUCACAUGUUCUCAUGAAUGCUCAUAAUGUCAACAUACAUGUACAGUAUGUUGUAUCAUUGCUGCUCAUAAGUCAAGUCUCACUGGUAUGGUGGUGACAGGUGUCUCCAUUUGACAUCAUCAUGGGUACUAGAGUCACUUGUUGCCUUAUUUCUUUAUAUUGAUCCAAGCUGUAUCCUCUCUUCUCAUAAUGAUUUUAUCUGUACACUAUUGUCAAGCUCUUAUUGACUUCAACUGGAUUGUCUCAGUAAUGGUGGAGGUGACGGGUUAACACCCAAAGGACUUUAUGGAAUUGUACCAAAAUUUCUGGAGAUACUAUUUGCAUGAUACUAAAUAUGAAAAUGGAAACGAAGUUACACAGAACCUAACAGAAUCUGACCUAACCUACAUAACCUUACCUAACUUCCUUGGACCCCCCAGUAUAUUAAGCAUAAAGAACUUACUUUGGUAUCAGGUACAUUACCAAUGAAAGCACUCCUCUUCAAGAUGCAUGGUGUAAUUUUACAUUUUAUGUGGAUGGAAGAGGACAACCAGUUGUUGCACUGAAUCAUUUCUUCUUCACUGUCAGUUCUUUGCUGGGUUUUGAACACUGCCAACUAGUUUAUGUUGACAGAUGAUCUCUUGGAGAUGGUCUUCAUCCUCCACUAAUACAGAUAACUUGCAAUACGAUAUUAAGCACGAUGCGAUAACAAUGCCAUUGAAAAACAAGAUGGCUAUCUUCUUCUGUCCUCUUUGAAAAAGAACAGUAGUACAGGUAUACUCGAAAGAAAUUAGAACUGUAUCCAAACCCCUAAUGGGACUUGAGUCCAACUACAGUACUAUAUGAAUCUCAUCCUUUUUACACAGAAUAGGCUCAAGAACCAAUUUUGUGAAAAGAAAAAAUUAUUUGCACAAGACAACAAGGAAAGUGAAGCCUAUAACACUGAAAACAAAAGACAUUUAUGCCAAUAUUUAUGGUAAUAAAACCACCCAAAGAGCCUCCAUUGUUACUUUUAAUGUUUACAAAGACUGGAAUUAAAUUUUUUUAGUGUAAUUGAUGAUGACAAUAAGCAUUGUCAUGGGAGAAUUCUCGGCGUAAUAUUACGGUAAAUUUUUUUUAUCUCCGUGUACAAAGCAUGUAGAGACAUGAAAUUACUCCCUUAUGAUAAGUUUCUUUGCCAUGUUUUAUCCCAUCUUUUUCCUCAUGCUUUAUCCACUAUAUGAUCUCAGAUAGGGAGAAACAAAACAAAAAUUUAAUUAACUGAAGAAGUUGUCGUAUCGUUUUUAUUACUAAAUAUCACCCAAACAACACGUGUGCAAAAUAUGAACGAAGUCUAUAAAGUCCUCCUGGUGCUGUCUGCUCUAGUAUUAUCAUUGUUGCUGCUCUUAAUGAUUCACAGAUGCUCUUAAGGAAAUCAGGUGACUUAUAGGUGCAUUUAGUGACCCCAGGUGAGAGGGAUGAGUGUCUACUUAUGCCACAAAUAUUUUUCUCUCUUUAGUCUGUUCUCACCCACUUCCACCUAGGACCACUAAUCUCAUCCCGAGCUUACCCUUUUCCUCCCGUUUCCACAAAUUUUCGACAGUAUCUUAUCUUUUAGUGCAAGAUAUUUAUGGCCAUCCUCAACCUGUCACAUACCUGUAUUGUAUAUUCUAGACAGGGAAAUAAUCAAGCUGUUAUCUUUGUAAUGUCAUGGUUGAUAAGUGUUGUUAAGUCAGUAAAUUUUUCUUCUUGGAUUAAAUUUUUGACAAUGAUUAACAAUUGUCACCUUUUUAAUAAAGCUUUUAUGUAUGUACCUUUGUAUGCAGUUAAUUUUUAGAUAUGCGAGUACAUUAUAUGCAGAUACUUUACUGCUCAUCAUUAAUAUACAGUUCAUCUCACACAUAUACUGUACUGUAUAUAUGUAGUACAGUAUAUACCAGUAAAGUACUGCAUAUAAUUAUAAAUGUGUGUACAUAUGCAGUAUAAUUAUGUACGAUGUACUGUAUAUUUAAAAAUUCCACCGUACUUAUAUAUUCGAGUCCAUAAGAUGACAGUUGCACCAGAAGACUCAAGUGAUCAGUGCUAUAAACUAUCUUAGUCAUGGGGAUACACCCAGCCCGGAUCCUACGUCAGCGGAGCAUCCCUCCCCCAACAGUGCUUGUGCGGCGGUGUAGGGUAGCUCAUGAAGCCGAGGAGAAGGAUGCACCCACUGGAUGGAGGGUGGGCAUGUGGUGCGAGGACAGGGGCUUACUUGGAUGGAGGGAGGGAGGCUGGUGGAGAGAUAAGGAGAGUGGGGCUAGUAGUGGGGAUGUGCCACACACGUACGAUGUGGUGAUGGUGAUGGUCUACGUGAUGCUGUGUCUGCUGCUGGUGCUGCUCGGGGUGUUCUUGUCGUGCUUCACGCUCAUUUCAGCCACGGUGUUUCUGUCGACACUCACACCCAAAUUCUACGUGGCCCUGACAGGAACCUCAUCACUCAUAUCUGGACUUAUUUUGAUAUUUGAAUGGUGGUACUUUAGAAAAUAUGGCACUUCAUUUAUUGAACAAGUUUCCCUCAACCACCUUAGUCCGUGGAUUGGUGGGGGAGAAAACAACACGGCAGAGAGCACCACCACCAACUCCAACAACAACAAUAACCAGCAGAGUGUGCCAGAAUGUAAAGUUUGGCGCAAUCCUCUCAACCUUUUUCGUGGAUCGGAGUACCAGAGGUUAACAUGGUCAACCAAGAAGGAGCCAUUGACCUACUAUGAUAUGAAUUUAUCUGCACAGGACCACCAAACCUUUUUCACCUGUGAAGCUGAUGCUGGCAAACCUGAAUAUGAAAUAAUGCAGACGGCGUGGAGGGAAAGAAACCCAGAAGUGCGAAUUAAAUCAGCGCGUUCUGCCUUAGAUCUCAACCCAGAGUGUGCCUCAGCAUACAUUCUCCUAGCAGAAGAAGAAUGUACCUCCAUUAUUGAAGUGGAGAAGAAGCUGAAAAUAGCCCUUAAACAUGCAGAGACAAACUAUCGAAGGUCUCAGAUCACGCAACAUCAGAGUGGUACCAUGGAAGCUCUACACAGACGAGACACAAAUGUGUUCAUAUAUAUAAAAAGACGGCUGGCUAUGUGUGCACGCAAGUUAGGCAAGAUGAAGGAAGCAAUAAAGAUGUUCAGAGAUUUAACGAAGGAAGUUCCUCCAAUCAUGAAUGUUCUAAACCUCCAUGAAAACCUUCUGGAGGCGCUGCUAGAAGUAGGCGCCUAUGCUGAUGCGCAAGCAGUCCUUGCUAAAUAUGAUGACAUAGCACUUCCAAAAUCUGCUACAAUAUGUUACACAGCAGCACUUUUGAAAGCGCGGACAGUAGCAGAUAAAUUUUCUCCAGAUAUAGCCAGUAAACGUGGCCUCACAGCAGCAGAAAUGGCAGCAGUUGAAGCGAUUCAUCGGGCUGUAGAAUUCAAUCCACAUGUUCCAAAGUAUCUUCUGGAGAUGAAGCCCCUCAUUCUCCCACCAGAACAUAUUCUUAAACGAGGGGACUCAGAAGCUAUUGCAUAUGCUUUUUUUCACCUCCCACAUUGGAAAAGGGUGGAAGGGGCACUGAACCUCCUUCACUGCACCUGGGAGGGUACAUUCCGAAUCAUUCCAUAUCCUCUUGAAAAAGGUCACCUUUUCUACCCCUACCCAACGUGUACAGAGUGUGCUGACCGGGAGCUUUUACCAUCGUUCCAUGAAGUGUCAGUGUACCCAAAGAAGGAGUUACCAUUCUUCAUUGUGUUCACAGCUGGGCUCUGUUCAUUCACUGCUCUCCUUGCACUUCUCACCCACCAGUAUCCUGAACCCAUGGGGGCCCUGGCCAAGACGCUCCUGAGUUGGUGGUAUGUUCCCAUCCAAUAUGUAUUAGAAAAGCUAGAAGCUGUAUUGCCUUCAAACCUCCUACACCAUCUAUCACGGAUCUGACCUUCAUACCUCAGUUUAAUAGAAGCAGCUGGGAACAGCAUUCUUCAUCACCGACUUUCGAUAUCUACACAUCCUGCGUCAUAUAUUUUUGUUUAAGUAUUUGUCAAAACUAGCUACUGUGAGCGUUGGUUAUUGUGAUAAAACUACUACCUGCUUCUGAAGCUUUUAGUUUUAAUGAUGUAAACCUCACGUUCCAGUUGCUUAUUUUGUCACACCAGUGUUGUGAUUUGCUGUUUAGAGCCAUAAAUAGUACUUAAAUGAUGCUUGUGUUGAUUUUUUUUUCUAUAGGGAGGAAAAACAUAAAUGGCUCAAACCGGAGAUGUUGGUGGCCAAUGCACAAAACAAUCACAUAAAUUUAUUUUAGGAAUACCUGUAUUAAUAAAAUGACAAGGUUUGAAUGGAAGUUUAUAAAUAAAGACUUAUUUAGUAGUUUGUGCACCAAUACCUCAGUUAUUGGGGACCUGCACAACCACUGGGAUCAGAUAAAUCCAGUACAUCAGAUCAUAAUAUUAUGUGUACUUCAUGGUUUAUAUACUGUACCUGUAAUCCAUGAUUUAUGAAAAGUUCUGAUAUUCUGGGUAAUCAAGAUUUUAAAUGAGUAAUUUCCAAAUUUUUGAGUUACUGGCGUGAUAUACAAGUGGCCUCAACCAAGAUGGAAACAUUAAAUAGUUGAUUUUUUUUUCCAGUUAGUUUUUGAAUAAGGAGUCAUUUCAUUGUCAUUGCUGUGUUUGGUAUAUGCACUGUGUCAAAUAAUACCAGAACUACUAGGAACAGUGUUCAUAUUUCAGUGAUAAAUUUUAAUAAAAGAACAGCUUGGAAACAUAAUAUACAGGUACACUGUACACUUUGUGUAUUUAUGUAGACUUAUGUAUAGAACACUCCAAGAUAGAAAUGUGCAAAUAUUUGUUUAACUGGAUUCUGAGUACAAACAAGACUUAAGGAUUAAGCAGGGAUAUUGAGUUUAUGUGAUGUAAUUUAUAUGCUUUUUUUUCUGAUUGUUACUCAACAGUUUGGUAAAUAUGUUUUUGUUUUAAAUUAUGAAAGAAGAAGCAAACAUGUUAAUGAUGGUUGCAUUGCUUAUGUUCUCAUUUUAUUAAGUUCAGGUACUGUUCCUUUCCCUCUGGCUAAAAUGCAUGUAUGCAAAUACCUGUAUAACAUACUACCUGGUAAUUGUAAAUGAAGAUUUCCACUCACUCUUUAUCUAAUACUUACUUAAAAAGGUUUGCGAAACUUGAGAUUGUAUACUUUUGGUGGUAUAUUUUUUUAAGUUAUUUUCAUGACAGAAUCUUUUUAAACUAAUGGUGCCUCAAGAUUUAUGUUGUCCAAUAUCUUGUGUAUAUUACUUAGGUCAGAUCCAGAUGGCCUGCAGUAAUGAAUUUCCACUCCUCCAUGAUUUAUGAAGCUUCCAAGAUCUGAAGGUUGAUAUACACUAAUAUCUUGAUUAUCUGGGAUACAACUAAACAGACUGUUGAAUGUCUCAGAUAUCAGAUUCCGGAUAGAUGACUUAAGAUAUUGUAAUUAAUGACAUGCUGAAUUACAUAUAUAAAAUGAUGUGAUAUUAAAGAUUUGAUGUCUCUGAUACUCAAUAAUCUUGUUUGAGACCCCUCACAAAUGAAGUAUUGGUGUACAUUUUUUUGUGACAAUUGUGCAUCUUGUACAUUAAACUGACAAAUUAUUUAAUGAAUUUAGUUUUGCAUUA